UAAACAUUUGUAGGUUUUAAAUAUCUACGCAGUAGUUUUAGAGUUAUUCUAGUGCAAAACUACCAUGGCGCGCGGACAAACAAACAAACGAAGUUCUUUCUUUUGGAAAAACUCUUGUUCUUUCGGCUCCAUCAGGGUUUGAAGACUACAAAUAGAAAGUCGCGGCCGCGUUGCGCUUCAAACUGCCAGAAAUCAGCCAGACAUACAGAUGGAGCAGCAGGCCAAACCGUACAUGUUUGCGAGCCUGACGCGUCCUCACUCCGAGCAGCUCCUGCAGGGUCUGCAGCUCCUGCGACAGGAUCACGAGCUCUGCGACAUCGUGCUGCGGGUGGGAGACGCCAAGAUCCACGCGCACAAAGUGGUGCUGGCCAGCAUCAGCCCCUACUUCAAGGCCAUGUUCACCGGAAACCUGUCCGAGAAAGAGACGUCCGAGGUGGAGUUCCAGUGCAUCGAUGAAGCCGCGCUCAAGGCCAUAGUGGAGUACGCCUACACAGGAACCGUCUUCAUCUCGCAGGAAACGGUGGAGUCUCUGCUUCCUGCCGCCAACCUGCUGCAGGUCAAGCUGGUUCUGAAGGAGUGCUGCAGCUUCCUGGAGAGUCAGCUGGACGCCGGCAACUGCAUCGGGAUCUCGCGCUUCGCCGAGACCUACGGCUGCCACGACCUGUGUCUGGCCGCCACCAAAUUCAUCUGCCAGAACUUCGAGGAGGUGUGCCAGACGGAGGAGUUCUUCGAGCUGACGCGCGCCGAGCUGGACGAGAUCGUGUCCAACGACUGCCUGAACGUGCUGACGGAGGAGAGCGUGUUCUACGCGCUGGAGUCCUGGAUCAAGUACGACCUGACGGAGCGGCAGCAGUAUCUGGCUCAGCUCCUGCACUGCGUGCGGCUGCCGCUGCUCAGCGUCAAGUUCCUGACGCGACUCUACGAGGCCAAUCACCUGAUCCGCGACGACCACGCCUGCAAACACCUGCUCAACGAGGCGCUCAAGUACCACUUCAUGCCCGAGCACCGGCUCUCCUACCAGACGGUGCUGUCCACGCGGCCGCGCUGCGCUCCCAAAGUCCUGCUGGCCGUCGGAGGAAAAGCCGGACUCUUCGCCACGCUGGAAAGUAUGGAGAUGUACUUCCCGCAGACGGACUCGUGGAUCGGUCUGGCUCCGCUCACGGUGCCGCGCUACGAGUUCGGCGUGGCGGUUCUGGAGCAGAAGGUGUACGUGGUGGGCGGCAUCGCGACGCACAUGCGACAGGGCAUCAGCUACCGGCGGCACGAGAGCACCGUGGAGCGCUGGGACCCCGACAGCAACACGUGGGUGUCCGUGGAGCGCAUGGCCGAGUGCAGGAGCACGCUGGGCGUGGUGGUGUUGGCGGGCGAGCUGUACGCCCUCGGCGGAUACGACGGCCAGUACUACCUGCAGUCUGUGGAGAAAUACGUGCCCAAAGUCAAGGAGUGGCAGCCGGUGGCGCCCAUGACCAAAUCGCGCAGCUGCUUCGCCACCGCCGUGCUGGACGGCAUGAUCUACGCCAUCGGAGGAUACGGCCCCGCGCACAUGAACAGUGUGGAGAGAUACGACCCAAGCAAAGACUCCUGGGAUAUGGUGGCACCGAUGGCCGACAAGCGCAUUAACUUCGGCGUGGGCGUGAUGCUGGGCUUCAUCUUCGUCGUCGGCGGACACAACGGCGUGUCUCACCUGUCCAGCAUCGAGCGAUACGACCCGCAUCAGAACCAGUGGACGGCGUGUCGACCCAUGAACGAGCCGCGCACGGGCGUGGGCUCUGCUGUGGUUGACAACUACCUCUACGUGGUGGGCGGUCACUCGGGCUCGUCGUACCUGAACACGGUCCAGCGGUACGACCCCAUCACGGACAGCUGGCACGACUCCAGCGGAAUGAUGUACUGCCGCUGUAACUUCGGCCUGACCGCCCUUUGACCCUGGGCGCCCGGCUGACUGUCAGAGACGCGAGGGGAACUGGCUUUGUUUCUGGAGUGUGUUUCCCGCUCACCCGGCGGCGUUUGCUCCAGCCGGCGCUGGGACGCGGAGCGUUUGCGGACGCGCGGCCGCCGCCGGCACCGAAGCACAGGUCAGAUGAACACCAGAGCCUUCCACAAACCCUCGGAGGACGCGGAGCGCCCGGCUCUUCCCCCUUUACAUUUCAAGGCUUCUGAUGAAGGACGCACAUGCGGCGAGUGUGUGUGAGUGAGUGUGUGUGUGUGAGCGAUGCAUGAGUUAAAUCGGCGCUUCGCUCUGGAGGAGAAGCGUGGGACUCGUGAUAAGGGCUGCUUCUGUCCUCUACAUACAGCUGUGUGUGUGUGUGUGUGUGUGUGUGUGUAUCAAAGCCACUGCACUGACUGUGUGUGUUUGUGUCUGAUUCAUGCGCUCAUUUGUGUCCCUUCAGCUGGAAAUGAGUGAAUCUCAUCAAAACACAUGUGGCUCAUGUUUCAACACAAAGUCAGAAAAUAUAUAUAUAUAUAUAUAUGCACUGCCGCUCAAAAGUUUGGGAUCAGUCUUUUUUAAAAGAAGUCUCUUCUGCUCAUCAAGGCUGCAUUUAUUUGAUCAAAAAUACAGAGAAAACAGUGAUUUUGCAAAAUGUUAUUACAAUAUAAAAUAAUGUUUUUUAUUUUAACAUACUUUAAAAUAUAAUUUAUUCCUCUGAUGCAAAGCUGAAUUUUCUGCAUCAUUACUCCAGUCUUCAGUGUCACAUGAUCCUUCAGAAAUCAUUCUAAUAUACUGAUUUAUUAUUAUAAUUAUCAAUAUUGAAAACAGUUGUGCUGCUUAAUAUUUUUCUGGAACCUGUGAUCCUUUUUUCAGGAUUCUUUGAUCAAUAAAAGGUUGAAAAAAAAACAGCAUUUAUUUAAAAUAAAAUAUUUUCUAACAAUAUACACUACUGGUCAAACAUUUGGGGUCAGUAAAUUUUUAUUCUUUCUUUUUUUUGAAAGAAAUUAAUUCCUUUAUUCACCAAGGAUGUGUUAAUUAAUAAAAAGUGAUAGUAUAGAUUUACAUUGUUAUAAAAAAUUUGUAUUGUGAAUAAAUUCUGUUCUUUUUAACUUGUUAUUCAUCAAAGAAUCCUGAAAAAAGAAUCACAGGUUCCAAAAAAAAUAUUUGGCAGCUCAACUGUUUCCAACAUUGAUAAUUCUAAUAAUAAAUCAGCAUAUUAGAAUGAUUUCUGAAGGAUCAUGUGACACUUAAGACUGGAGUAACAGCUGAUGAAAAUUCAGCUUUGCAUCUCAGGAAUAAAUUAUAUUUUACAGGAUAUUAAAAUUAAAAACCAUUAUUUUAUAUUGUAAUAACAUUUUGCAAUAUUACGUUUUUUUCUGUAUUUUUGAUCAAAUAAAUGCAGCUUAGAUGAGCAGAAGAGACUUCUUUAAAAAAACAGUCUUACUGAUCCCAAACUUUUGAGCAGCAGUGUAUGUAUAUAUUUAUUUUUGUUUUAGAUGAAUUGUACAUAAUGUCACAUUGAAAUUUGCUAUUUAAAACACUGUAAAACACUACAAAUAUUUAAAAUUCAAAUUUACAAAAUUUAAAUCUUUAUCAUUUUUACUGCUCUGUAUUUGCCUGGAAAACUGUUAUGGAAAAAAUGUUACAAUGUGAGCUGGAUGUGAUCCUGACGGGUUUGCUGAGAUUCACCUGAGUGUGUGUGUGUGUGUGUGUGUGUGUGUGUGAACACACUUUCAUACUGACUGGUGCUAAUUUCCUCUUCAGGAUUGUGUUGUUUUAGUUGUCAUGGUGUGAAUCUUGAUUUCCUGUGGCGUUCAGAUGAAGCAUCACGCAAUAACGUCGCCGGUUUGAGUAGAGCGUGGCGUGAGUGACGUCAGACGCCGGUCACAUGGUGCCAAACGUUCCCGCGCUCAUCUGCUCGCAGACGCGGCGUCUCCAGAGCUCCGUUUCCCAUCGAAACAACAUUUCAGUCUGAGUGACGGCGUGUGCUCGUGCGUUUGUGGAGAUACUAAAGUUGUGCACUUACCAAACCAUUUUCUACUGUGUAAAUAUGAGUUCCUUUGAGGCAAUAAGACUUUUCUUCAACUGUUUUUUUAUUUUCGUCAUUAAUUGCCAAGGUGUUUUGGGAAUCCUGUGACCUGGACGGCUCUCGUCGCUUCGUUUCGUUGCUCGUUAUUCUGGAUUUCGACACUUCUGAUGUUCAUUUUGGAUCUGAACUGCCUUUAGAAGCGUGUUUUGGAUUGAAUGGACAUUAAGCGUGUGACGUCUCUCAGUCCAGAACACGAUUAUAGUGUAGAUCUUCAUUCAGAGGCACAAAGGGAACAACGCUUGUCAGAAGCAUCUGUGUUUGAUUAGCAAUAAGAAUAUUUCCUUGCAUCAUGAAUGUUCAUCACCGUCAUCCACUGAAGUCUGCAGCAGAUGAUCACGUGUCGAUGUCGUUCGGAGGGUUUCUGAUCCAUUAGUCUCACGUUGACGGAGGUCAGAUGACGGUGAGAACGUGAAAUCACGCUGGCGUGACCGCGAGCGGCUCCGUCCGGCCGUUUCCUCUCCAUCGACCCGUGGGAUCCUAAAGGCCAUACGUGUAAAACGUCAAACUGCAAAACGAAGGCGUUGGGUGUUCGUGUUCGUGUCUGAAUCGCCGCUCUCACCAAAGUGCUCGUCUCACGAGGGAAUCUGAAUCUGAAUCAGUCCAGAAUGACUUCCUCACUGUCUUAAACUUUUUGUUCAUUUUUCCUGAUGAUGAUGAGGAUGAUGAGGAUGAUGAUGAUGAUGCCACAUUUUCUUUUUCUGUCCGUCCGUCUGGCUUGUGUUUGAAAUAGAGUGAAUUUUUAUAAACCUGUGGAUUGUUACUGGAACUAAACCGAUAACCUUAGCUACAAACGCAGUAUUUAUUUUUCACAUUUUAUCAAGCGUUGAGAGCAUAGCGUAUUCUGCCAGUUUAUUUAUGUGUGUCGCAGCUCAACCAGUCGAGAAAUAAAGGCCUGGAAAUGAU